GCGAGGACUGCUCUGUACAACUACCUGAUGGCAAAGAAGCUCGGAGGAAAGUUCGUGCUGCGCAUCGAGGAUACGGACCUUGCAAGAAGCACCAAGGAGAGCGAGAACAGCAUGAUCGCGGACCUCAAGUGGCUCGGCCUGGACUGGGACGAGGGUCCCUACGUCGGGGGGCCUGCCAACCUUUACAGACAGUCGGAGCGCAACGACAUUUACGUGAAGAUGGCAAAGAAGCUGUGGGACAUGGGGUUCGCUUACCCAUGCUUCUGCACUGAGGAGGAGCUGGAAGAGAAGAGGAAAGCAGCUGAGCAGGACGGGAGCAAGGUGGCGUAUGAUGGCACUUGGAGAGAUGCAGACCCUGCGGAGGUGAAGAGAAGACUCGAUGCCGGAGAUCCUUACACGAUCAGAUUCAAAGUUCCGAAGGGGAAAGUUGUCACCAUUCAUGACAUUGUCCGUGGAAGAAUUUCAUGGGACGUUGAGGCAACUCUAGGAGAUUUUAUCCUCCUUCGCUCCAACGGAGUUCCUGUCUACAACUUCUGCGUGGCUGUCGACGACGCGCUGAUGGGCAUCACGACAGUAGCGCGAGCUGAGGAACAUCUCACCAACACCAUCCGACAGGUCCUUGUACUCGAAGCUCUUGGCUUCAACAUUCCCGAGUACGCUCACUGCUCGCUCAUCCUCGGAGAGGAUAGGUCAAAGCUCUCCAAGCGCCAUGGCGCCACCUCUUGCAACCAGUUUCGCGAGCAGGGCUUUCUUCCCGAUGCCAUGAUCAACUACCUGGCGCUGCUGGGAUGGAACGACGGGACAGACAAGGACAUCUACAGCAGGGAGGAGCUGAUCGCCUCCUUCGACCUCAACCGAGUGACUCCCUCCCCCGCCAUGUUCGACAUGCAGAAGCUCAAGUGGAUCAACGGUCAACAUCUGCGAGCGAUGAAGAAAGAGGAGUUCCUUCCUUUGAUGGCAGAGGCGAUGAUGAGAGAGAAAGUGAUCGGCCAUGCUGACGAAGAAUUCCUUGACCAUGUCGCUGGGAUGGUCCAAGAGAAAUGCGAUCUCGUCAACGACGCCAGCAGCAUCCUGCAGACCGUGCUGGACUUUCAACUUGAGGAAACCUCCAAGACAGAGGAGGCGAAGGAGAUUCUCGGGGACGAUUUCAAGGCGCUCGCGGACAAAAUCAUCGAGGAGUUCAACAGCAACGCGAUCCCAACGAAUCCUUCCCCCACUUUCAGUGACGAUUUCAAGCAAUGGGUGAACAAGUUGGGCAAGAGCACAGGACGAAAGGGAAAGAAAUUGUUCAUGCCUGUUCGCCUGGCGUUGACGGGAAAUCUUGCUGGGCCAGACAUCGGAGCCCAGAUCAUGACGGUCGGGAUGGCGGAGCGGGUGCAAGCGAAGCAUGUUGACAUGAAGACGAGGAUCGAGAUGCUCAAGAAGUUUGUGAACGAUAACGCGGAGAUGAUCUCGUCCGCUGCUGCCAGCAUUGAGACGGGCGAGGCCACUUACAACGGCAAGAAGUUCACAACGUCAAGCGGAGCUCUGACGUGCAAGUCCCUAAAGGACUGCAACAUCGGAUAGACCAAGAGAAUGAAUGUCUUUCUUUCGAC